AUGUCAACAUUACCAAAAUUAGUGCCAAAUUCAUUAUAUUCAUUUUCCAAUCUCCACAUUUCAUCGAAUGCUCCUUUCUCUGCACCGCCUGUUGAAAACAGCAAUAAAAAACAAGAGACAGAUCGUAUUUUCUUUGGGGAAAAAACGCAGCCUUAUUUCUCAAACAACAAUUCUCCGAUUGGAAGUGUUAGUGACUUUAGCAAUUUGAUGAAUCUUCGGUCUUUCCCACCUUUGUCUUCUGAAUUGCCUCCGCCACUUUCUGCUCCACCUUUUCAUUCUUGCACUAAUGGUGGGGGUUUUGCUGGAAUUCGUGGUGGGGGAAGUGCUGGUUGUAGCAGUGGAAAUAGUGGAAUGGUUCAGGGUGGUGGGACUGGAACUCGCUUCCGUUUUACUAAUCGCCCAACUUCUCAGCCGGUCUAUUUUUCUUUGAAAGUUUUUCUUGGUGGGAUUCAGGCGUCGUUGACUACAAGUUUGUUUUUUAUUCAUUAAUACGAGUCAUUUUGGAAUAUUGACUUAUCUUGUGUCAUUAGAAAGGGUUUUGGAUAGCGUUGACGUCGAAAUUAGCGUCACACGGCUGAAUAUUGCUUUAAGGAGAGGUCAAACUCAUUUUUGUGGUAACCCCCUCCCCUUGAAAUGGGGAAAAGGGACAAAUUUGAGGAGGGAACCCCUCCCCCCCCCCCCAGAAAAAUGAUGUAAUUUUUCAAUAUUCCGGAGUGGCCUGUAUUCUUGAUUUUUACUACUUUCUAAAUCGAUUAAAUUUAAAAAAACAAAGUCCCAUAUCCAUUUCAUUUUAUGCAAUUUUCCUCAAUCCUCGCUGAUGUUUUUAUUAACAUUGAAUAUUUUUUUAGAUGUUCUCCAACUUAACUUUGCCAAAUUUGGUUCA